GCUUAGCCUGCUGUGUUCAUGCAGCUCUAUACCUUGUUAUCUCAUUGGAAAAUGUCCACGUCAAUCAGAUAAUUAGACAAGGGCGGCCAUAUUUCGAGGCAAAACCUCGAUACGUACAUACUAGCUCUGAACCGACCAGAAUUUCUUACCGGUUAAUGGUGUUCGACUUUUGGGGGUCCUGUGAAACAGUUAAGAUUUGAACGGUGUUACGUGGCCGUUUCCUGGGUGAUCCCAGUGAAGGUUCGGUGGUGAAACCGUGUCUCGCGAGCACGGGUUCUGUUGCCUUGGUGACCCUUAGACCCUCGCCCUCUGGAUUUACCUGCGGAGCGCAGGUUGGGCUUUGUCGUUCCCGCUGAACGUAGGUUCGCGAUGGGUCACGGACUGAAAUGCAGUGUUGCCUUUUCCUUCUUCGCCGUUUUUGCGGCUUACUGGUACCGGCAGCAAGUGGGCAAUGAGCUGGACUCGCGUUUAGAGACUGUGCUGACUUCGUUGUUGAAAGCAGAGAGCAAAGUGGAUCUGAACCGGCGGCCCCGAGUGGCAGUAGGUUUUGGUGGCUGUCUUGACAUUGUGGCAGAUGGAAUUUCACUGUUAAAGAAAGCUGGCAUCAAACCGAGCAAGAAUGCUGUCCAUCAUAGUUUCAUCACAUCAGAAGAGCAGUUGGCUGAAAGCUUUGCAUACUUCUUUCCUCCUGGAGCUGCAUCUGAACGCUUUAUUUCCAAUGAUACACUGUUUCGUAAGUUGGUGAAAGCUACCCAGGGUCUCCCUCAAGUACGAUGGUCAUUAGGUGGAAAUGCACCAGUCAUGGCAAAUCGCCUUGCCAAGGAAGGAUGUGAAGUACUCAUUGGGAGUCGACUUACGCCUGACCUUAUUGAUGUCCUUCAGGAGCAUGUGACUGUUACAAGCAAACCUGUAGAUGAAACUGACAUUCACCUAAUUCUGGAGUAUUCCUCCGGUGCCAAAUGGGGGAAGCUAGUGUCUCGAAGAGCAAACAGGUUCAUAGUCCAUCAUGACACUUCCAAUCCCAUUUUGGAGUCACUUGAAGACUUUCAGGCUCAACUCCAGCAGUUUAAACCAUCUCUACUGAUAAUUAGUGGGCUUCAAAUGAUGGAUAAUUUUCCCUUUCGACCAGGUCAGCUUGAUGAGCGGUUAAGAUUGCUCCAGGAUCUCAUGUUAUCAAUUGAUAGCAUCACUGGAAUCCAUUUUGAAAUGGCCUCUUUUGUGGACAGCAGUGUUCUGAGCAAACUUUUAUCCCAUGUUGUCACUCAUGUAGACUCAUUAGGAAUGAAUGAACAAGAGUUACCCAAUCUUCUUAGCAUGUUAAAGGGAUCCAAUAUCACUGUCUUGUCUGACCCUUACCCAAGAGUAGCAAAUGUACUUGAUCAAAUGCGGGAUGUGUAUCGUAUCUUAAAUUCUCAGGAAAUAAAAAGCUCACACCGCAGACUGACACGUCUGCAUGUUCAUACUCUUGCUUUCCAGGCAAUCAUUAUUGCUAAAGGGUCCUUUUGGAGAAACACGAUGUCAGCAGCUGCCAAAGCUUCACUAACUGCAAAUCGCCAUGUUUGUGGCUCACCAAAUAUUGAUACCAGCAAAGCCAAGUUGAUUAUGGAUGAUUCUUUUUCUAUAAGUCGUGAACAAGGGAGUAAGAAAAUUCCACUUGAAGAAGAUCGCCCUGUUUCUUGUUGGGAGGAGUACAGCUAUGAAAUUUGUGUUGCUCCAGUGCUAGUAUGUACUGAGGUCUAUCAGACUGUGGGUGGUGGUGAUAAUGUUUCUGCAGCCAGCUUGGUUCUGCAGAUCUAAUAAUCUCUCUCGCUCUGAAGAAGAGGAGAAGGUUGGAACCAGCACGUUUCAAUCUUUGCUUAUUACCUCGAGGGAGCUUCAUAGGUUUUCAUGCUUGCACGUUCCUUCCCACCCUCUAAAAUAAAAUUUUAUAAUCGUCUGUGUAUACUUUGGCCUCUUGUAAUCAACAUUGAGGUUUUUGGGUAUUGUUUAACUAUUCAUUUUUCACAAUGUUUGUAUAAAUUAUUCCAUGGUCCUCAAUUUAUAAGGUGGAAUUUUGAUUUAUACUUUUUGUCCUUUUUUCUGUUUCUGACCGCUGUGACAAUAUUGAAAACAUAGUGAGUAUUUAUUUAGUUGCAGUUCCCUAUUUUCUUAGGAAUACUCUGAACUUAAGCCAGCCAUUGCACUAUUAUAUAAAGCUUGGUACAUUCCAUCUUCAUUUUUCAGUCAGUAUUUUACAUCCUCGUGGCUGCCAAAGUGGCUUGUUGAAACUGAGCUAAGUCUGUGAUUAUUCUCAGGUGCAAUACUGUCCUGUGCUGCUUUUUCUUCCUCCUAUUAAGAUGUUUAUAUAGUCUCUGUAUAUCUUGCGUUUUUUUUCUAUUUCUGGUCAUUCCUAAUUCAUUUCCAGAAGCACAGGCAGCUGUUAAGGACACCACAAAUGCCCUAGUGAGUUUAGAUAGGUCGUCUCUUUGAUCAUGGACAGGGAAGAUAGUGGAGCCAGUCAUGAUGUAUUUGCUCCCACUGUACUUGUAACAUCUAUCUCCAAUCAGCUUGAUUUGGAGUGUGGGAACAUUUACCCACGGUUGAAUAUGGGAACAUUUGACUGUUCUGCCCUUCUCUCCCCAUUGAACAUUGGACCCUAUCCUAGUGUUUCCUACCUCGCUCAGAUCUGUUAAUUUGGCAUAACAAGUGAUUACGGGUAGGUAUUUUCUAGUCUGUGGUUUGAUAUCUUUUUUUCUGUGUGGUAUAUUUGGCCUCUUCUUCCUCUCUGAACAAUAUACCUUCUCUUUUGAGAAGGUUAGAGUUAAAAUAACUGGGCAAGUCUGAAACAAACUGGGAACUCCUCUAAUAGGAAUCUACUCAGCUCUCAAACUGCUAAACAUUGUCACUUCAAUGUAAACUUUCAAUAAUUUCAGCAGAAAACAGAAUUUUGCUGACUACUUGUAUAUAUUCAAAUAGCUGAAGGGGUAUUAGCCUUCAAUUUUUAGCAAGAAGUAUAAAACUGUAUUCCUUGUUUUACACUUUUUCAUAAUUUGAGGAAAAUGUGUUAGAUUACCGUGAUAAUGUGAAUGGAUCUGGGAAAGUAUGAAAAUAAAACUGCUUUAGUAGGUUAAACGUGAUGGGUCAAAAUAAUAACAUGGAUAAAAGUGUAAUUUCAUUUUUAAAUUGCAUUAGUGUUAAUUUUUUUUUCCUUUUUGGAGGCUGGGGAUCCACAUCAAGCAGACACUCUCCCUUAUAACCAGAGUUCUGCUAGUUAGGUGUCAAAUCAGGAAGCACUUUAUUCAUCACACUAUAGUGAAAAUCUGCAACUUCCUUCUGUUCCAACAAGGCUGUAGUUGUCAUGCCAGUUGAAAAUUUCCAGACAGAAUUUGAUGGGAUUUUUAUUAAAUGAGACUUAAUAGAAAUAUGGAGGAAUCAAGUAAACGUUGAGGUCCAGAUCAAACUGAGGAGUGAUCAGGUUUAAGUGACUUGUAAAACCUGUGCCUGUGUUUUUUCUGGAUGUUAUUUAAUCACGCAACGAAGAUUUCAUUGCUAACUGAAAUUUGGAGGUUAACUGAAAAACUUUUGGGAAAUUGCACCAACAGUAUUGUUUUGGAAGGCUGGAAGCUUAACAUUCUGUUGUAAUGAGGUGAAUAGCAGUGAACUUACUAGAUUUUUGCUAAAUCUACUGAGUGCCUUUGGAUAUUUUAUGUUGAAAAGGUGCUACCUAAAUAAGAAUUAUAUAAAAUUGCUUUACCUAUUGAGAAAUGCUUUUUGUGUCAAGCAUGAAAGAAAAUCUUGACGUCUUCAUUUUGCCCCGAUCCUACUCUGAACACAGUUAUUAAACAGUGACCUUUUUGACUGGUCUCAGCCUUGUUUUUAAGUGAGUCUUUGCCAAAAGAGGUACAUUUUUAAAUAGAUGCCAAUUAUUGAAAACAAAUUUGACACUGCUGUUUAAUAUGAUAAAUGGUAUAGUGUUUUUGCCUGAUCAUUCUUUUAAUCAGCAUUUGUUCAUUAGUCUGUGUAACUUAAAAGGUCUUUAAAACAGAUAAUGGGAACUGCAGAUGCUGGAGAAUCCGAGAUAACAAGGUGUGAAGCUGGAUGAACACAGCAGGCCAAGCAGCAUCUUCAGAGCACAAAAGCUGAUGUUUCGGGCCUGAUGAAGGAUCUAGGCCUGACAUGCCAGCUUUUGUGCUCCUAAGAUGCUGCUUGGUCUGCUGUGUUCAUCCAGCUUCACACUUUAUCAAUGUAAGUGUACAUUUUGAUUUUUUUUUAAAAAAGCUUUUGAUAAAGUUUAUUUGCUAAGUAUAUAUUUUACUUUCAUUGAAAGAUCAUACCUGAGCCAUUCUUGUGAAUAUGAAGCUAAGAAGCUAUAUUCUCUUGCAUUUAGUUGAUAACCAUCUUUAAUCCAAGUUUUGAAAUUUAACUGUAAACUAUUUAUUGCUAGGCCAUCUUGUUAUUAGGUUAUUCUUUCAUAAUCUUUGUAGUAAUGUUGAGAACAAUUCUGAUAGCUAUAUAUUUUAAAAAUAAAUGUAUCCAAAAAUAACUAGUAAGAUUCUCCACAUGGUAUGUCCACUGUAUGAAGAGCUGAAAUUUUAAAUGAAACUUUAAAUGACCAAAGUGGAAGAAGACUGGUUUGUUUUGAAUACCUUGAUGUUUUUGACCAAUGUAGAAAUAUAACUUUGCCAACAACAUGCAGUAAAUAUUUUAGAUUUGUCCAAUACCUUGUUGCCCAGGUGUAUACAAAAUUAAUAACUGCCUAUGUUACAGUCCAUAACUUAAAUUGAUACACCAACACUGGGAUCCUGGCUCUUGAAAUUGCUGUUAGUUGUGUUCUUAUUAUGAAUAAAUCCAGAUUCUUAAGGUGGAAUCUCAGCAUUGUUUGAAUCCUUGCAGUAGCCAUGAGCUUGCUCUGAGAUAGUCAGUCAGAUUUUAUACAGGGUAUGACUAAUUUAAAAAAUACUGCUGCACCAUUCCAAAUAGCCUCAGGGAUGGAUAGAUGAUAUGUACAUUAUUGUUGAUCAUGCCCUUCUGGUGGGAAUGUGAAGAAAUGCAUUUAACUUGCUUGAGACAAUGACUUUGCUUUUUUGUGGCAUGACAAAAUAUAAUUAAAUUCCUCAAACUUUCAACCAUUGUUAUGAGCUGCUUUAUUUUCCCUGUAAUGUUUCUGAUGAAAUACCCAUUUUAUUUUAUGUUUCCAAUAAACUGAUUCUGAAUA